CCUAUUCAAAACACUCUUGAGCUUUGGGGUCGAUCUCAAUUCAAAGAUUACUGUGUGUGUCUGUGUGAGAGAGAGAGAGAAGUUAAAAGGACAAGUACUAAAGAUGGUGAGAGCUCCAUGUUGUGAGAAGAUGGGACUGAAGAAAGGGCCAUGGACUCCUGAAGAAGAUCAGGUUUUGGUCUCUUAUAUUCAGCAACAUGGCCAUGGAAAUUGGAGGGCGCUUCCAAAACUUGCCGGUCUACUGAGAUGCGGAAAGAGUUGCAGACUCCGGUGGACGAACUAUUUGAGACCAGACAUUAAGAGAGGAAAUUUCAGCAAGGAAGAAGAAGAAACCAUCAUUAAGUUGCAUGAAAUGCUUGGGAACAGAUGGUCUGCGAUCGCAGCGAGAUUACCGGGACGAACGGACAACGAAAUAAAAAAUGUAUGGCACACCCACUUGAAGAAAAAGCUCAAAAACAACCAGACUAGCUCAGACACCAAACUCAAAUGUGAUUCCAAUGUUCCAAGUGAAUUCGAUUCCAUGGAAUUAAAUAUUCCUCCUCAGGAGGGAAUUGGGAGUCCACAACCGUCUUCCAGUGAAGUCUCAUCGGUCACAGACAUAAACGUGCAACCAAACAACAUGGCCAUGAAAAUCAAGGAUGAACAAAUUGACAGUACUUGUUCAUUAAGUAUUUUCCCGGAAAUCGACGAAACUUUUUGGUCGGAAGAAUUUUCGGUCGAGAAUGAAUUACAAGUCCAGUUUCCAUUAUCUCCGGUUAGAGAAGCUGUGAAUGAGUACAGUUACAACGUUAUUGAUGAUGGUGGCAUGGACUUUUGGUACAACCUUUUUCUAAGAGCUGGAGGUAUACCAGAACUAUCAGAAUUUUGAUCAGUGUUUUGGUUGUAUUAUACACUUAAGUAGUACUAUAUAGUAUUUAGGAGAGUUGGAAAAUUUGAAUUUUUCUUGGAAUUGUUGACAAAUUAACAACCUAGGGACAGCAUAUUCCAAGGUGGGACAAAGUUGUCCAAUUCCAAAAGCAAGAACCAUUCAUUGACUGCACAACACUAGUCUACUAUAGCGUGCAUGAUUUGUAAUUUUUAAGGAAAAAUAAAAAUGGAAAGUUGAUUUGAAGGGCCAACAUGAGAAUAAAGUUGACAUAACUAUUUUAAUUGCUUUGUAUACCUACAUAUUGAAUGACUUGGGUGAAUUGAAGGAGAUAUAUAUAUAUAUAUAUAUAUAUAUAGAGAGAGAGAGAGAGAGAGAGAGAGAGAGAAUUUGUAUGCUGGGAC